AUGCCACUUCCAAUGUUAAGUGUCGUAUGGCCAUAUAACUUUACUCUACGUUGUAGUUUUACAGAAACUAUCAGUAAUAAAAUUACAAACUCUCCGGAGGCUGAGUGCAGCAACUACAUUACAUAUUCGACUAUAGCUCUGAAUAACGGAAUUGUAAUCUACACAGCAAACUUUACACCCACGCUUGAUUUAAAAGUAGUACCCUCUAUAACUGACGAAGGAAUACAAAACGUAGUGUUCACUGUAUUUAUUGCUGAUUCGGCUUUCGGCAGUAGCAAUUUUAUUGAACCCAUUGAUGUUAUGAUGGCAGACGCGGAAACUAUGACAAACAAGAAUAUUAUUGAUAAAGUCAACAAUAUUGAUCCACAGCUUGUCACAUUUUUGAACGUACAAUCACUAACUGCAGUUUUUUAUCACCAACGAAGUCUGAUAAUGUAUUCUCGAAGUGUGAGAAAGAUAAUUAAACCAUCUAUACUCACUGACUUUGGCAUUUUACAAAAAACUAUCCCUUUCGGAUAUCUAACUACAAGAUUGAAUAGUGGUCCCCUGACGCAGAAUGAAAGCCUAAUAAACCCUAAUGGUUUUGGGGGUUUUGUAAUCCGACCUAACUUUUUCGUUACAACAGAAGUCACAAAAAGAUCACGCACGGUUCUUAACGCACUUGGGUUACUCGGUGGCAGUGAUACUCUAAACCCGUGGGGUUGCAUCCAAUUAUACUGCUGUCGAAAAACUCGUACACGACUUCGUGAAUCAAUUGCAGAAAUGCCAAUGCAAUCUUCCAAAUUAUUGGAUGGCUCAUCACCAUCCUCGUCACCGGACUUAUCCACUGCAUUGAAUACAUUACAAUGCCGGCUAGACACUAUGGACUUGAUUCUCAAGGAAUAUGUUAUUGAUCAAACUGAUUUGGAAAGCGCAAAUAAUAAUCAAAAUUCGAGCAUGUGGCCUUGGAGAAACAAACGUAAAAAUAACACUGACGCUAUUUUGCCAUAA